UCUGAGUUCGCACCGUGGAUCCGCUUUGAAAAUGAGGAUUUUUUAAGUUUUUUGGUUCUUUUUAAGGUGAUCUGAGUGAAUUUAAGUUGUUUUCCAACGCUUACCUGUGGCAACUAAUCAACCGACUCACAAUCAUCUUCAGAGAGCACAGAAAUCUGCGGCCGAUAUCCUGGUGCCUCCAAAGGAAACCAUCGGCGGUUCCAGUUCUCCUGUAGCUCCCGUUUAUCUCAUCUAAACACCAUAUUCCAAGAUGCCCAAACGAAAUGUGGCCUUUAUCAAACCGGAGGAGCCAAGUUUUCUGAAGAAAAUCAAAGAACAGAUUGGCUACCGGGAGGGCCCAUCGAUAGAGGACAAGCGUGAAGCAAUCGAAAACUAUGAAGAUUCGGACGAGGAAGAGAAGGACGAUGAAAAGCCCCAAGUGGUGGUCAUCAAGGACGGCGAUCUGACCGCAGAAGAAGCCGCCCAGGCGUUUCAGGAGGAAAGCGAAAGGCCAGCCGAUCUAACCCAAAAGAUUGUGUUUAAAUCGAAAAAGUCAAAAGAUGAUAAAGCUGAGGAAAAGCCGAAGCCUGUGCCCAAGGCGGAUAAAAAGAUGAAAAAAGCACGGAGGAAAGAGCAGCAGAGCAAACUAUCGUUUAACGACGAAGAUGAAGAAGAAGAUAAUUAGAUUAACGUAGGUUAAAAUUUAAAAAGAAAUACAAAAAAUACAAAACAUGCUUAAUA